AGUAAGGAUUUUGAUCUAGCCAAGUGAAGAUCGCGUGCUUUUUUUCGGGGAAAAUUCAAUCAAGCUUUUUUUUUGUCAUUUAGCAUCCCGGUGAAAAUGUCGAAAGUGAAAUAUCAGCAUAUAUUUGUGACUUUUUUGCUGGCAAUGGCCGUUUUGGGCAGGGCGAAUGCACAAUCAAUCUUUGGUGACGAUGAAGAUGAUCCAGAUGCACCACCAGCUACACAGCCAGUUGCACAACCAAGGGCAGCAGAACCAAAAAACUUCGAAACAAAAGUACUGUACGAAGAGAGAACUAACACAGAGACUGGAUAUAAAUUUGUGUACGAACUGAGCGAUGGCCAAGGGCGUGAAGAAAUUGGUACAAUCCACAAUGCAGGCACUGAUCAAGAAUAUCUGGAAGUGACUGGAUUUUAUCGCUACACCGGACCGGACAACUAUAUCUACAGGGUGAACUACAAAUCCGGACCUGGUGGAUAUGAAGCCGAAACUAGUAGAUACCUUGCAAGGAAUCGUAUCUCCCCCGUUGCGCUGAAAUCUCUUGUGGGAUGAAUUUCAAGACUUUACUUUAUAAAAUCUUCCAGAAAAUCGAGAAAUUAAAAAAAAAACAUUCAGAAAAUGUCAUGAAUUGAAUUCGUUUCAAAAAUACAAAACUUCCUCGAGAAA